AUGAAGACGACGCUGCUGUACGAACAGUCAAAACUUUUGACAACCUUAAAUAGACAAGAUGAAGCCGAAAGACUUUUGGCCAAAUGUCUCGAUGAUAUUAAUGAAUUUAUAAGCUCCCGUGAAUUAAUAUACUUGGCACUGAGAAUAAUUAAUAAUUAUGGUUAUCUUCUUUCAAAGCGAGAAGACUAUGAAGCUGCGAGAAAAAUUUUGGAAUCCGGUAAAACUGUUUACGAAGCUAAAAAAGAUGAAGGGUUUUGCAGCAGUGACGAUUUGUUUUCUCCCAAUCUUUCAACGUCGUUUUCUAGCAAAUUGGAACAUCUUGCGACAAACAAUUUGCAAAUGCUGGCUUUUGUUUACAGCAAACUAGAACUACAUGAUAAAUUUGCUGAGUACCACCAUCAAGUGCUGGAUCGUCAGUUGGAGAUCAAUGAUGAUCCACUGGAAAGUAUUUUCAGGGAAGCGAAAAAUCAUUUAGAGGUCGCGGAGUUUGUUCUGAAAAAAUAUGAGAACGAAUUGAAGGCCUUGGAAUCAUCAAUAGAAAUCACAGAGAAAUUACAGAGUAUCCAAGAAAAAUUGAUAAUGAUCGCCAGAGGUUGGGUGAAGUAUAGUCUGAAUUUGUUCAAUGCAUCGAUAACUAAAAUCGUAGAGCAUUUAUCUCAUGAUUUGUCACCAAAUGACGCGCAGGAACGAGUUUGGCUCUCGUCAUUUCAAUGCAAUAUCGAUGUAAUUAAGGAAUCAGUUGAAGAAAACUCGAACCCGACUGACCAUGAUGAGUCGAGUAAUAAAUUAAGUGACAAUGCUGAUAAUGAUGACAGAAGAUUGCUGUUUAAAUUAAAUACUGAUACUAAUUGUCAAGUAUCAACGGCCUUGAUAGAAAAUACGAGUGAAGCCAGAGCACUUUUUAAUUUCUCUUAUAAUUACCUGACCAAAAUACGAUUAUUUUAUACCCUCGAAGAUCAUGCUAUGGAUUAUGUCAACGCGAUUCUUGAUCUGAGUGAACUGUAUCGAUGUCUGGCCUUCUAUGAAGAAGACAUCGACAGCCAGUACUCUGUUCAGAAACUCCGAGCAGAUGCCAUAGAAACACUGAGUACUAUUUUACGUCAGGUCAGACCCGAGUGUUAUAUUGCUGUGUCAAUAGAACUUCUUCAGGAGUUAGCAGAGAUCCAGCUGGAGUUACUGGGUUUGAACUUUAGAAGAAUAUACGCUGCGCGAGAUGCUGAAGAUAUUAAUCAGGACCGUAAAAUUCAAACGAUCAAGUAUUUACAUAAUAAAAUACAACAGUUUAAAAAUAAUUAUAAAGAUACUUUGUCUACUAGUUGA